UACAACUCAUUACGUUUUCAAAACUCUUUUGGCAGGAAUAAGUAUGAGUGAAAUUCUUCAAUAUCGCAAGCAGUUUUAUGAAUCUAGCUAUGACGUUCGCGUUGUCUGUGCUAGAGGAGAUUCUAUUGAAGAAAUUGCCAACAAAACGGUAAAAAGGCUGCAAGAGUUAACACAUCUCAAGGGAUUCACCAGCACAAGGCGAGAAAACUCGGAAACAAACGGCGCGAACCCAGGGUUUUUGGAUGUCGUGUUAGAGGGACUUGCUCCAGAUGGGGGACUGUAUGUACCAAGAAAGAAAAUACCACACCUAACUCAAGGUCAGUGGGAAAGGCUUGUAGACUGUAGCUACCAAGAAAGGGCUUUGAGAAUCCUAGAAACCUGGAUACCAUCAACCGAUCUCCAUCCCAUGAUUCUACGCGGGAUGAUCUCCAAAGCAUACUCUGCUAACUUUCAGCACGAGUCAGUUGCUCCUGUAGUCAAACUGAACGACCAGUUCUAUAUACACGAGCUGUUUCAUGGCCCUACGGCUUCCUUUAAAGACUUAGCCUUGCAACUAACACCACAAUUUUUCAACGAAGCUCUUUCACACAAUUCUGUCACUGAAGGACAUCUUAAGCGUCUGAUUCUGGUUGCGACGUCAGGAGAUACAGGCAGCGCGGUGCUAGAAGGUUUUAAGGACGUGUCCAGGACAGAAGUUCUCAUUCUGUACCCAGACGAGGGUGUCAGUCAGAUACAGAAGGCUCAGAUGGUUUCAGCGGAUAGCCCUAAUACACGCGUUAUCGGUGUCAAAGGUGACUUUGACUUUUGUCAAACUACAAUCAAGACCAUAUUUAAUGACAAGUCGUUCAGCAAGACGCUUGCAGACUCUUAUGACGUACAACUGAGCGCUGCCAACUCUUUAAACUGGGGUCGCUUGUUGCCUCAAGUUGUGUACCAUGCCUCGGCGUACUUGGACCUGGUCAAAUCCGGGGUUAUCUCUAUGGGUGAUAUGGCAGAUUUAUGUGUGCCAACUGGCAAUUUUGGCAAUAUUCUGGCUGCCUACUAUGUCAAGGAAAUGGGGAUACCUUUCAAUAACCUGAUCUGCGCUUCAAACGAAAACAACAUCUUGACAGACUUUUUCCACACUGGUUCAUACGACAUGGGAAAGCGACAUCUUCACCAAACUGUCUCUCCUUCCAUUGACAUUCUGAAAUCGUCCAACCUGGAAAGGUUACUUUAUCACGUAACCGGGAGCAAUGGACAAGUUGUAGCCGGUUUAAUGAGAUCGUUAGAAGAAAACAAGCAUUUUAAGAUUUCUGACGACCUCAGGGGUGAGUUGUCAUCAGUAUUCAAAGCUGACUGGACAACAGAAGACAAGUGUUUGGACACCAUUAGAUCUACGUUUGAACAAACUGGCUAUGUCCUGGACACUCACACGGCAGUGGCUAAAGACGUGGCUGACCGCUUUGUUGAUUCUAACCAACCGCUUAUAAUUUCCGCCACGGCACACUACAGUAAAUUUGCUCAUGACGUACUCAAGGGGUUACGGCAGUUGCCAACAUCACAUGACCCUGUGGAGUUGUUUGCAAGCUUAAGAAAAGUCGCUACCAAGCCUGCGCCGCACAGAAGACUCGAAAAUGCAAUCAGCCGACCACAGGUUCACAAGACAGUGUGCGAGGCUAAUGUCAGUACAGUUAUGGACGAGAUCGAUCGCUUCUUAAGUCGGUGAUAUCGCCGAGGAUUUCAUUUAAAUUUAAUAAAAUGUAUUCUGCCAACUGAAGCAUUCCAAUAUGAACUGAACAGAAGUUUACAAACCUCCUAACAAGUUCAAUAGUGACAACCCUAUAACGUAAGAUUUAUUGUGUAACAAAUAAAGAAAUACUUUAGAAUGGAGGGUUUACUGUUGGAAGACUUUCGUGUCUAAGGCUGUGUUCACAUUUGGUGCCAGAAUAUGAUUCUCGCUGGGACUGAUGUGAACAAACUGAUUGUCCAAGUACUCACACCAGAAUUGGGGCGAAGUGUCCAUGCCC